CAGUGUUCAUGUGGUCACGUGAUGUGUAUAGUUCGCUCUCUGGGUAAAAACACACUCCCAUAACUUGUGUAUUUGGUGCUGCCGAAGCUGUAAUUUAUUGUGAGUCAUGAGUGAGGAUUAUUAUUUAGAGCUGAGCGAAAACCCGGUGCAGUUUGAAAAUGCCUCGAGUGUCAACAACGUGUUUUUCGACGAGGCGAAUAAACAGGUUUUUGCUGUGCGAUCUGGUGGUGCCACUGGGGUUGUUGUCAAGGGCCCAGAGGACAAGAACUCAAUUGCUUUCAGAAUGGAUGAUAAGGGUGAAGUAAAGUGUAUAAAGUUUUCCCUGGGAAACAAAAUCCUAGCUGUUCAGCGGACACCAAAAACCGUGGAUUUCAUUAAUUUCAUUCCUGAUUUUCCACAUUUGGAAUUCUCACAUGAAUGCAAGACCAAGAAUUCUAGUGUUCUGGGCUUCUGCUGGACCAGCUGGAAUGAAAUUGUUUUCAUUACUGACCAGGGGAUAGAAUUUUACCAGGUGCUGCCAGAAAAGCGAACACUGAAGUUAUUGAAGAGCCAAAGCAUUAAUGUGAACUGGUAUGUUUACUGCCCAGAGACUGCAGUGCUCGUGCUGUCCACCACUGUACAAGGCAAUGUUCUGCAACCCUUUGCUUUCAAAAAUGGGACAAUAGCCAAAAUGCCGAAGUUUGAGAUCGAGUUGCCAGUGGCUCCCAAACCAGCCAAAAUUAUCCUUUCAGAACGCGACAUUGCAGUGGCCACCAUUUAUGGCCAGCUUUAUGUCAUGUAUCUUAAACAUCACACAAGAACCACCAACAGUCCAGGAGCAGAAGUAGUUUUGUAUCAUUUACCUAGAGAAGGAUCCUGUAAAAAGGCACAUGUGCUGAAACUGAACACCUCGGGCAAGUUUGCUCUGAAUGUUGUGGAUAAUCUGGUGGUAGUGCACCAUCAGAGCUCACGGACUUCUCUUAUUUUUGAUAUCAAGCUAAAAGAGCCAGACUGUGCUCUGAAUAUUCACCAACCAGUACUUCCUGCACAGUCAAUCCACCCGUACAAGAUCUCCGUCACAGGACCAGUGGCCGCUUCCAGUCAGCCAUGUGAACUUUACUCAUCAACUUGGAGUGUCUUUCAGCCAGAUAUUAUAAUCAGUGCAAGUGAAGGUUAUCUUUGGUAUCUUCAUGUCAAGCUCCAUCCAACUGUGAACCUCCUUCAAGACAAAGGAAAACUGAUGGACUUUCUGCUGCACAGAAGCGAAUGCAAAAUGGUCAUCCUGUCCGUAUGCUCACAAAUGCUUGUAGGUGGAGAGAAAGGAAACUUGCCUGUAGUGGCCACUGUAUUUGAUAAACUAAACCAAGUGUAUAAGGAAUACCUGGAUGCUGAUCAAGCAUACACUUUGGCUAUGGAGUCAGGACCUAGUCGCUUCAGUAACUCGUGUAAAAGACCAGUUCGAACACAAGCAGUCAUCGAUCAGUCAGACAUGUACACACACGUCUUCUCUGCAUUUACUGAAAACAAGGAUGUAUCGCAUAAGUUUGUCAUUGCUGUUCUCAUGGAAUACAUUCGCUCACUCAACCAGUUCCAAAUUACAGUUCAGCACUACUUCUAUGAGCUUGUUAUCAAAACUCUGGUCCAGCAUAAUCUCUUCUACAUGCUUCAUCAGUUCCUCCAGUAUCAUGUGCUGAGUGACUCCAAACCACUGGCCUGCCUACUGCUGUCGCUGGAGAGCACAUACCCUCCUGCACACCAGCUCUCUUUAGAUAUGCUGAAGAGGCUCUCCACAGCGAACGAUGAAAUUGUAGAGGUUCUCCUGUCAAAACAGCAAGUACUCGGGGCUCUCCGUUUUGUCCGCAGUGUUGGAGGCCAUGACAAUGUCUCAGCACGCAAAUUCCUAGAUGCUGCAAGGCAGACUAAAGACACAAUGCUGUUCUUUACAAUCUUCCGAUUCUUUGAGCAAAGAAACUACAGGUUACGUGGCAAUCCUGCAUUUAACCCAGGUGAACACUGUGAGGAGCAUGUCACUUACUUCAAAGAAGUGUUUGGAGAACAAACAUUAAUGAAACUUCCAGUUGUCUAAAGAAAAGGGUGAAGAUUUCCUAGGCAAGCUCCUGAACCAUUUGUACACAAUUCAUCUGUUUAAGGUGAAAAAUGUUUCAGUGGUUCACAUUCAAGUUAUUUUCUGUUCAUUCUAGUGGCUUAGUUAAAUGUGCUUGUAAAUAACUCCAUUUCCAUGAGAAAUUUCAUAACCGUCUUUAAAUGUUAUACAGUAUAUGUACAUGGUUGAUGGUUUUGACCAACCAAACAGUGAUCCCCUAAAAGUAAUAGGAGGCAUGGCAUGGUCCAUGACAGGUGUUCACAUACCUUCAACCUUAUAUUGUAAAUGAAUUGAGUAAGCAAUACAACAAACCACUUAACAUCAACAACAACAAAGUGGAAGCAUUGAAGUAAUUAUUUUUAUUUCUAAUUAAUGUAGAAGGUAUACAUGUAUAAAAUGAGAAAUACUGUAAAUAUCUGUAAUAAAUAAUUGCAUUUACAUAUAUUAGAUAAAUUGAA